GAACGACUUUGCUUCUUGUGAACGAGGGGCCUUCGAUGUUUUCUGCGCUUCGCCCCCUGAUGGACGACCUGCUGUUGUUCAUCCCGUCUCCAGCCUUGUUGACGCCCUGCCAAAACACUUGCGGACCCAAGGCGAAUUCAGCACUGGCCCUGAGCCUGAAGCGAUUUGAAAGCAAGUACACACUUCGUAAUUCUUGAUGAAGUUUCGUUUUCAUGUCGUCUUCCUCCGCGUCUCCACUCUUUUCAACCUACCAACACAAGCCUGGGUUGAGCUUCUGUACGUCCUCCCAACUCAGAUGAGAACAAAGACUCUCCAAGUUUUUCUCACGCCCUGGCAGUUGCCUGUCGAGCGCAUGUUAGACAGCUGGAGUCGAGGCGAACCGGAAUACCUUUUUCAUCGAGUGCGAGACACUGAAGCGGUCCGCGUCCUUCUUUCGCUUCGCUGUCACUGGUUCCUCCUUUAAUUCCACUCCUAAAGUCUCUUUCUUCUUCAUCACCUGUUUCGCCACUUGCUUUUCUCCGUUUUCUCCCACUGUUGUGCUUCCACCUGGUCUUGCCUCUCUCCCUUCGCGCGACUCCGCCAUGUGGAUUCGAAGGGCCGGUGCGCCGAGCCGCCGGCCAUCCUCUCCUGGGACUGCCUCUUGGCAUGUGUCUCAUGCAGGAAAAGGACCUCCAAGAGAUGCAUGCAGAGGGAAAGGCGACGCUGGGAGAAGACGUCAGAGUGUCGAGAGGCGAACACAGUCGAGUGCAUGUCAUCGUCUCAGUGAAGAAGAAGCGGCGCAGGCUGUCGCGGGGAAGCAAACGCAAGACAACAAUGGAAAGAAUCCUCUCGAGUCGAUGACAAAGGGAGGGCGUUUAAGACGCAGUGGUCAUCGUCUUUCUUCUCCCUCCACUUUCCGGACACUCGUCACGCUGCAGAUCCCGUCUGCCUUGUUUGAAGUGCCUUUCGCUUCUUCAUCUGCCCGCCAUCCAUCGUCUGUUUCUCGCUCUCACUCGUUUCUCUGCUCGUCGCGUUUGCCGCCCUCGCGUUUCUCUCCUUCACCUUCGCGUCCAGACUUCUCCGAGUCGUACCCUCGCGUUCGUUCUGAAUCCUUCUCUUUCUCUUCGUUGUCUUCCCCGUCCCCGCCUUUCCGUUCGCGUCUGAUCUGUUCGCUUUUGUGUGCUGACAAUGUUGCGUCUCCCAGGGGUGGGCUGCACACCACCCGCUUGUCACAUGCAUCUUCUUUCGCUGUUUCCCCCGGGAUGUUUGAGACGCCUCCUGGUCGACCUUGUGGCUUCUCUUCGUCUUCGGCUUCCUUCCGUUCUCCUCGUCACUCUCCCGUGUUGUCUCCUUGGUUGAACGCCUCUCGCGAGCACGCGGCCGAAGCCUCGCGAUCGUCUUCACAGGAAGAGCGACUGGUUUCUUCUUCUGCUCCCUUGAGCGUUGGACAAAGUUUCUGUCCACUGCAAGUGUCUCAGGCGCGCAUGCAGCUGCUACAACUGGCGAGUGACGCGACGACUCUGCCUCUGUCCUUCUGGGAAAGCAAAGGACAGUCGACGACUUCCUCGCGCGCCCACGCAGCCUCAAAUAGCGCGCGAAAUCAGGAAACGGCGGAUGAAACGUCCCCCAUAAUGGAGAGAGUUGAAGCCAUCGCCAGAGAGGCUCUUGGCGUGGUUGAUGGUGUCACACGUUCUUCGGUUUUCCUUCUCUCUGAAGAUGUUCCUGGAAACAGAAACAGUGCCUCGGACUCCAGUCCAACAAUGACACGAGGUCAGGAGGCACCAGCAGCUGCAGCUGCUGCUCUCCUUCUUCCCGAACUGGUAGCGCUUCUCUCGCCUUUCGCUGUCUGUGUGUCCGGCGCUCGCUUGAGAGAAGAAAUGUCUUGCUCUUCAUUGCACUCCCUCCCGCAGUUAUCCUCCUUUCUAAACCUGAUGGUUGACCUCCUUCACUGCGAAGAGAGUUGGAUCUCUCUGACAGAUGACGAAUUUGCGGCCUCUGCGCAUGCACUUCAAGUGCUGAGCUGUACAGACACCUGGACAGCCGCUGCCGCGGCGGAAGCGCUGAUGAGAGAUGGCCGUCUGCGGCGAGUCAGUCUCAGACACCUUGUAGCAAUAUCUUCUUCGACUCUGCAUGCGUCACUUCAGCGGAACGUCCAUCGGCCGAGAGACCUGCAAGGGAGCUAUCGGUGGAACGCUUCGUCGAGUUGUAGCGCGCCCCUCGCCGUCAUUAAAAGGGCAGGCAAAGCUGCGCAGGACCGACUCCUGAGAGAGCGUCACGCUCUAGUCGAGUCGGGGAUGUUGGUAAGAGCCUGGCAAACCGCAGCGGCGUUGUCUGGACUGUCGCACGCAGCCACGGUGAGGGCACAGACGGGGUUCUUUCUCCUGCUGGAGAAAAUGAAAAGGGAACAAAGCGAGGAAGAAAUGCACCCGCCCCUCUUCGGCGCGCGGCUCCCCGACGAGGAGCUAGCAGCGCUCCCCCUUGCUCUAUCGGCUGUACAUACACCCGACGAGCGCCUCUUGGUGUGGGCAUCCGAACAGGUUGUUGUGAGGCUCGGAGGGCCGAGCCUGAGGGAGCUUUCUCAGGGCCGAGAUGGAGGUAAGGUGAUGUCUGGCAGAGUGGUCUUGGCAAAUUCUGAAGGAGAACAAGUUCCGUCUUUCUCUCAAGGGGGAACGGCGGGUGGUGCGACACUUGCCAGCAGCGACAGCAACUCACGAACGAUGCGCGAUUCCGCAAGAAAAAGGCAUAGGAAGACAGGCCAGGAGACAGGUGGGAGACGACAGGAGGAAGAACGAGUUAUGGUCGCCAUGCUGCUUCGCGGAAUGAGUUUGUGGGAGCGCGUCGGACCCGCCGGCAUGCAGCAGCAGGCCUUGCCAGUCUUCGCGCAAGCGUUCCUCCUGCCGGCGCUCCCGCACCUCAGUUCCCUCAGUCUCCUGCACUUGUCAGAGGCCGCGACGUCUCCAGACAUCGCGAACGGUUCCGCGUUUCCUGCUACUUUCUCUUUCUCGUUUUUCCUCCCGUCUGCGGCCAAUGACUCCUCGCUGGGGUCCUCGGACAGCCGCAGAGAAGCCAAGCAACGUCGUCGCCUUCUUCUUCAGGAGCGGCAGGACACUCUGGCGCGCGUGGCUGCGGGCUCGCUAGGUCUUCUCCUUCUGGAGCACCACCGGCGCGUGCGGUUCGAAAGGAGACACUUAUUCAGACUCCUGCGAGUGACAAGGGCCUUCUACCAAGCCCAAAUGCUCCCGAGGCUGCAGCACUUGAGACAGCUUCUCACAGACAAAAGCGGCUGUUUUUUGGAAGUCGAAGCUGCGCUGGUCAAGGGUGUUCCACUUCUCUAUCGCGACAUCGCUGUCCAACUCAGACUCGUCUCAAAAAGUUGCACGUUUUUUCCUCUUUCAAGCACUUUUUCACCAUCAGUGCCUUCCUCAUCCUGUCCUUCCUCCUCUCAAUUCUUUUCUCAUUCUUCCUCGUCGCUUUCCUUUUCUUCCUCUUCAUCUUCCUCCUCCUCAUCAUCCUCCUCUUCCUCGUCUUCCCCUAUAUCUUCUUCUUCUCUCACUUCUUCAUUCUCGCUUCCGGCCUCUCCUCCCCUGUUUCAUGCUUCCUCUCCGCCUGCUGCAGCGCCCCCAUUUUCCCAGGGGGUCGCAGGCGAGGAAGGCAGUGCACGCGCAGCUCGGCGCAUGAUCGAAGCGGCGAGGUUCAGGCCAGCAGACGCGCUGUCGAGACGCCACGCACCUCCUCUCGCUGUGUCGGAUCUCGUUCAGUCUCUGGAAGAUGUUGCUGUCUUGACGGACCUCCUCCCCGCCCGUCGGCCACUACCCUUUGUUUCUUUGCCUCAUCGUCCUCCAGUCGCGUCAGGAAACUCAGAGGCUUCAGCGACCCCGCGCCAGUUUCUUCUCAGCCUCUUGCAAGAACUGCUACCGCUUCUCGCUUUGGCCUCUGUUCCCCAGUAUGGGGUGGAAGGUGGAAGUUCCUUCGUGAUGACGAAAAGGCAAAUCUCCAGUGUCCUGACGAGUUGCGCAGCCCUUCUUCUUCGCCUUGUGGGUUCGUGGGCUCAACGCACGCAGUUGGAGCAAGCUGCGCGUUCUCUCGGGAUGUCCACAGGCCUCGCUGACAGAGAGAAAGAAGGCAUAGAGUGCUGCAGACUUCUUGUUCUUCAGAUCGCGCUGCUGGCCUCGGAUGCACGCGUAGACACCCAGGCAGCGGCUAUGGGUCUUCGUGCGCUGCUUGCCUGUGUCCACCGGGUGCCGUCGUCACUUCUGUCGGAUUCGAUUCUUGUCCAUCCUCUUCCACUGGGGGGUCCCAGGUCGUCACUGGAUUCUUGUGAACGGGAAACACCUAGUUCGACGGUUGCCUGCAACUCCUCGCCACCGACGCCAUCGCCAGAUGCCUCGACUUCGUUCGAGACAGCUUCCACAUUCCUCUUUCCUACCAUUUCGUCCUUGCUCUUUCGGCUAGCAAAUGUCCGGCUGAGGGAAAGCACUCGCCUAAAUGAAACAUCAGAGGCGAACACUCGAGGUGUACGUACACCGGAGGUUCCUAAGCCGUCUACGCGAGCGUCUCCUAGUAGCGAAAAACUAGUCGAUGUGGAGUCUUUCCACAGAUCUAAAUGCAGCAAAGAGUCGGCCUCCUGGCACAUUGCUUGUUCUCAAGUUUCUGAAAGAGGUGUCGAUAACGAAGAAGAUACGCCGAAUGUUUCUACAGAAAAUUGCGCUUUGUUAUGUCCGAAAAACGAGGUUCUCCGCCUGAACACUGUUGUACCGGCUGUUGCAGCAGCUGCAUGGCUGGACCAGCAGCAAGCGCUCCUCCAGAACGCUCUGCCCAUGACCCUGCCGAACGCGGACGAGUUUUGCGAGCAAAGGCAGUGUUCUGCUGAGGCAAAAGGCUCGAGGAGAACGCCGACAGUAGGGAGGAUAACGUUGGCAGACGUGAUCAGGAUGGCAGGGGACUACCUGGAGAAUGACUCGUUUCUCGCUGCUCUGUCCGAGUGUAUGGACACUGUUUUAGCCGCAGCUGAGAAGCAGCUUCCCCUCCUUCCAGACCGAGAGAUUCGCCUUCUCGAGCUGCACUUAAGAGCUCUGAAGCGCGAGGGUGGUGGAGCAGAAACAAAGAGAGUUUCACAUGUUUGCACCGCGAUCCAAGACCUACUUGACAAGCGGUGGUCGACAGUGAACAAAAUGGGUAACAAUCAGUUGAGAGAAUCAGGAAUAUAAAUAAGUAGGCGCAGCGAUUUAUGUGUGUCGUAGCUCGCGUGUCUGACGGUGAAUUUACUCUCUAAGACAGUAUCUUCCGGGACCGAAGGAUGCUGAUCUCAGAAUCACCUG